AUGAGAUUCUAUUAUUUAGUCAUAUUUUGUAUGGCUGUAAUGAUUGGCACACUUGCCAAUGCAUCGGCUCAAAUGAAGGGGUAUGCCUUUUCUCCAAUGGCUCGUCAAGCUCGUUGUCGUCUUAGUCACUACAAUCGUUUUGACAUUCCAGGCGGUGCUGGAAUCAGUGAUCCAAUGUGUUACAAUGCCUACAACUAUGUCUACCACAAAUACGGAGCCACGCCACAAGCUCAUACCUACGCCAUGGCCCAAUUCACCCACUUUGACGAAUAUGACUUCACAAUUCCCCAUGGUUUGAACAUCUACCAAACUGUUCCAACCAAUCUCUGCGCUGCUGGACACGCCAAUGCCUACAAUGGUGGUGACUACACUGGUAUGACCCUCCCAGGUUACUGGACUCUCAAUGAAAUCAAGGCUCCAUCUGGAUGUCAAUCUCACAGUGUUCCAUUCAGCUUUUGUUUGACUUCAUCUCCAGAAGCCAAUCCACAAAACAGAGAAUUCAGUUUCUAUGCCACAAAGCAAAACCACAAUCUUGUCUCUCAAAAGAUUGGAUGGGAAGACACUGUCUACCUCCAAACCGUUCCAUUGACCAGAUGUCAAGUCAAGUCUGUUGACUGGUGUCCAAAGGGUUAUGCCUACACUAUUGACGUUAAUAUCCCAGCCCGUUUCGAUACAAACGGUACUCUUGUAGUUAGCUUGGUCGACACUGUUAGUGGUGAUUCUCUCUUGAACUGUGCUGAUUAUACCUUUAUUCCACACGGUCACCUCUCUACUGGACAAUCAUCUGGUUCAUCUGCUUCUGGUUCUUCAGGAUCAGGCAGUGGAUCAUCUGGCUCUGGUUCAUCCGGAUCCGGUAGUGGAUCAUCUGGCUCUGGCUCAGGUUCAUCAGGUUCAGGUUCAGGUUCAUCUGGAUCUGGCUCUGGAUCAUCCGGAACUGGCUCAUCAGGUUCAGGUUCAUCAGGUUCCGGUUCAGGUUCAUCUGGAUCCGGCUCAGGUUCAUCCGGUUCAGGUUCAUCCGGCUCAGGCUCCUCUGGAUCAGGCUCAUCAUCUGCUUCUGGUUCAUCCGGAACUGGUUCUUCAGGAUCAGGCUCCUCUGGAUCAUCCGGUUCAGGUUCAUCCGGAUCAGGCUCCUCUGGAUCAGGCUCUUCUGGAUCAGGCUCCUCUGGAUCGGGCUCAUCAUCUGCUUCUGGCUCAUCUGGAACUGGUUCAUCAGGAUCAGGUUCAUCAUCUGCCUCUGGUUCAUCAGGAACUGGCUCAUCAGGUUCUGGUUCAUCAUCUGCCUCUGGUUCAUCUGGAACUGGCUCAUCAGGUUCUGGUUCAUCAUCUGCCUCUGGUUCAUCAGGAACUGGCUCAUCAGGUUCAGGUUCAUCAUCUGCCUCUGGUUCUUCAGGAACUGGCUCAUCUACUGCCUCAGGAACCGGUUCAUCUGGUUCUGGUUCAUCCGGAACUGGUUCAUCAGGAUCAGGUUCAUCAUCUGCCUCUGGUUCUUCAGGAACUGGCUCAUCAGGUUCAGGUUCAUCAUCUGCCUCUGGUUCAUCCGGAACUGGCUCAUCAGGUUCAGGUUCAUCAUCUGCCUCUGGUUCUUCAGGAACUGGCUCAUCUGGUUCUGGUUCAUCAUCUGCCUCUGGUUCAUCAGGAACUGGCUCAUCAGGUUCAGGUUCAUCAUCUGCCUCUGGUUCAUCAGGAACUGGCUCAUCAGGUUCAGGUUCAUCAUCUUCUGGUUCUUCAGGAACUGGCUCAUCAGGUUCAGGUUCAUCAUCUGCCUCUGGUUCAUCCGGAACUGGCUCAUCUGGUUCUGGUUCAUCAUCUGCAUCUGGUUCAUCAGGAACUGGCUCAUCAGGUUCAGGUUCAUCAUCUGCAUCUGGUUCUUCAGGAACUGGCUCAUCUACUGCCUCAGGAACCGGUUCAUCUGGUUCUGCCUCUGGAACUGCUUCAUCAACUGGUACCGCCUCCGGCACUGCCUCAUCCACUGGUACUGGUACUGCCUCUGGCACUGCCUCCUCAACCGGCACUGCCUCUGGCACUGCUUCAUCCACUGGUACUGCCUCUGGUACUGCCUCAUCCACCGGAACUGCCACCGGAACUGCCACCGGAACUGCCUCAUCAACUGGCACUGCCACCGGAACUGCUUCAUCCACCGGAACUGCUACUGGAACCGCCACUGGAACUGCCUCAUCCACCGGAACAGCCUCCUCAUCAUCUGGAAGUGCUACUGGUACCGCCACUGGCACUGCCACCGGAACUGCCUCAUCAACUGGUACUGCCACUGGCACUGCUUCGUCCACCGGAACUGCCACCGGAACUGCUACUGGAACCGCCACCGGAACUGCCUCAUCAACUGGAACUGCCACCGGAACUGCUACUGGAACCGCCACCGGAACUGCCACCGGAACUGCUACUGGAACUGCCUCAUCAACUGGCACUGCCACCGGAACUGCUACUGGAACUGCCUCAUCAACUGGUACUGCCUCUGGAACAGCUUCAUCUGGAGCUUCGACCACCGCCUCUACCUCUGCUAGCACAACUGCAAGCACAACUGCCACUACUACUGCCUCAACUACUGCUACUGGUACCGCCUCUACUACUGCCUCUACCACUGCAUCCACAACUGCAAGCACCACUGCCACUACUACUGCCUCGACCACUGCUACCACUGCUGGUGCCACCACCACUGCCGGUGCUACUACCCGUCCAUCAACCACUGCUGCCGCCACCACCACCGCCGGUGCUACUACCCGUCCAUCCACCACCGGCCGUCCAACCAGUGCUGCCACCACAUCUCCAGAUCUCGCUUCAUCCGAAACUCCACUUGAAUCUGCAGAUAACAGCAACAAUAAUAGCAGUGAUGCCGCCACUUUGAAAUCAAUUACCUUUGGAACCUUUAUGGUUUUAUUGGUUGCUGUAAUCCUUAAUUAA